AACUGGAAAUGCGAACUCUUCGCGUAAUUGGAAUCGUAAAGCAAUUCGGUGUCUUAUUUUCAUUUUAUUUAUUUUAUUUUUUUGUUUCUCUUCUCUUCUCUGCGAAUUCUUAGGGUUUCUGAAUCUUCUGGUUCUCUUCGCAUUCGAAUCCUCUGAAGUCAAACCAAAGUUUUGGUGUUUCUCUCUUUCUCCUGCCAAUCUAAGAUCCUCCUGCAUUGCUUCGUUGGCCAAUCUCCCUGUUUGUGACGAGGCGACUUAAUACGCUUAUGAAGUUCUUCUCUUCCUGGGAUUUUUAGUCAGGAAGGAGUUGAACUAAGAUUUGAGAUGGAGAUAUCAGCUCUUCUUACAUCUGCUGGGAUUAAUAUCUCGAUAUGCAUAGUGCUUUUAUCACUUUAUUCUAUACUUAGGAAACAACCAUCCAAUUACUGUGUAUAUUUUGGCCGAAGGCUUGUUUGUGGUGGGGCUAGACGUUAUGAUCCGUUUUGGUAUGAGAGGUUUGUGCCGUCUCCAAGUUGGCUGGUUAAAGCAUGGGAAACUAGUGAAGAUGAGUUAUUAGCUGCUGCUGGUCUUGAUGCUGUGGUCUUCCUUAGGAUGGUCCUUUUCAGCAUUCGUAUUUUCUUUAUAGUUGCUGUUAUUUGCAUUGCCUUUGUGCUGCCUGUUAAUUAUUAUGGGCAACCGAUGGUGCAUAAGGAAAUCCAUUUGGAGUCAUCCGAAGUGUUCACAAUCGAAAAUCUUAAAGAAGGCUCCAAAUGGCUGUGGGUUCAUUGUCUUGCACUGUACAUUAUAACCUCAGCGGCAUGUCUUCUUCUUUAUUUUGAGUAUAGGACCAUAGCUAAAAUGAGGCUUGGACAUAUUACUGGAUGUGCCUCAAAGCCAAGUCAAUUUACCGUUCUUAUCCGUGCUAUUCCAUGGUCUCCUGAGCAAUCUUACAGCGACACACUGAGCAAAUUCUUCACAAAUUACUAUUCAUCAAGCUAUGUGUCCCACCAAAUGGUCUACCAUAAUGGUAUCAUUCAGAGACUGUUGCGUGAGGCGGAGAGGAUGUGCCAGACUCUAAAACACGUUUCUCCUGAAAUCAAUUGUAAACCGAGUUUGAAGCCAUGCAUCUUUUGUGGAGGACCUACAGCCACAAAUUCUUUUCAUAUCCUAUCUAAUGAGGCGGACAGUGUGAAAGGAAUGGAGCUUGGUGAGUUGACUAUGACUACGACAGAGCAAGAACGUCCAGCUGCUUUUGUGUUUUUCAAAACACGCUAUGAUGCUCUUGUUGUUUCAGAGGUUCUACAAUCAUCAAAUCCUAUGCUAUGGGUGACAGACUUAGCUCCAGAACCUCACGAUGUAUAUUGGAAGAAUCUCAACAUUCCUUAUCGACAACUUUGGAUACGGAAAAUAGCAACCCUUGUUGGUGCAGUUGCUUUCAUGUUUGUGUUUCUUAUUCCCGUGACCUUCAUUCAAGGGCUGACUCAACUAGAGCAGCUGUCUCACGCAUUUCCUUUUCUAAGAGGCAUCUUGAGGAAGCAGUUUAUAAGCCAGGUCAUCACAGGGUACUUACCCAGUGUGAUCUUGAUUCUAUUUUUCUAUGCCGUUCCACCAUUGAUGAUGUAUUUUUCGGCCUUGGAGGGAUGUAUUUCACGGAGUAUAAGGAAGAAGAGUGCUUGCAUCAAAGUCUUAUAUUUUACCAUUUGGAAUGUGUUCUUCGUGAAUAUUUUAUCGGGGUCUGUUAUCAGGCAACUGAAUGUCUUUUCUAGUGUCAGAGACAUACCUGCACAACUUGCAAGAUCAGUGCCAACACAGGCUGGCUUCUUCAUGACCUAUUGUUUCACAUCUGGUUGGGCCAGUUUGGCUUGUGAAAUAAUGCAGCCUAUGGCUCUUAUCUGGAAUCUGGUAGCAAAAGUUGUUACCAAGAACGAGGAUGAGUCAUAUGAAACACUUAGGUUCCCAUACCACACCGAAAUUCCUCGGCUGCUUUUGUUUGGGCUCCUGGGUUUCACCAAUUCAGUCAUAGCACCACUGAUACUGCCGUUUUUGCUGAUAUACUUUUUCCUUGCAUAUCUCAUAUACAAAAAUCAGAUACUCAACGUGUAUAUUACAAAGUACGAAAGCGGUGGACAAUACUGGCCUAUUUUCCACAACACAACAAUCUUUUCACUGAUCUUGACACAGAUUAUAGCUUUGGGUUUCUUCGGAUUAAAGCUAUCAACGGUUGCUUCGGGUUUCACUAUACCAUUGAUUCUUCUCACUUUGCUUUUUAGUGAGUAUUGUCGGCAGAGGUUUGCGCCUAUUUUCAACAAAAAUCCUGCCCAGGUUCUCAUAGAUAUGGACAGGGCUGAUGAAAUCUCAGGAAAGAUGGAAGAGUUACAUAAAAAAUUGCAUAAUGUAUACUCGCAGAUCCCAUUACACUCUGAGAAAUCAUCGAGUAAAGCUGAAUGCAGUAAUCCUUUCAAAAAUCAGGAGUUACCAGAUCCUGAAAAAUUGAAGCCAGAGGAAGGGGAUGCGAUAGCGAAAGAGUUAUGGGGAUAUCAAGGCAAUGAAUCUGGUCAAGAACAUGACGCUAAGUCCUGUCCCAGUGCUUCACCAGAGCAUCUUUCUCCAAAGCUGAUCGAACUUCACAAACGGAACUAGACAGACAUUUUUUACUAGUGAAGUAAUCGCGGAGGCUCCUACAAAUCAGUGCUUUAAGCACAAGAGUUUUGUCGUGGGCAUGCUCCGCUCCAAAACCAAUGUUACUAGGAAUAUACUCACUCACUUGAAGAUAAGUAGAUGUAAAUUGUUUUCGGGAUAUCUCAUCAUUUUUCUUUGAUGGAAAUUCGUAUUGAAUCUCUACAAAACAGAUGGGGGAAAGCAUUUCAAGCAUGUACAGUUUUCUUGCCAAGUUAAAGAUGUACAUUUUAUAGUUUCUGCAAGAAGAGAUAAAACUGUGUAUAGAUAUGCUAAGAAGAAAGAUUUUUCGUUAUGGAGCUCAGAGUAUGAGAAACUAAAAUUAUCAA